GGGCGCGGCGGAUGAUCGCCACGUGCUCCUUGAGGGCGGGGAUGAUCGCCGCUCGCCUUGCCGUGCUGGCAGUGCCACACCGACCCACCUCACUGAUUGCCCGCCCAUCAGCCGCCUUUUCCUCUUGUGGCGCGCAACGCAGCAUCUCAGCAGCACGGGCGGUCCGCAGCAGCUCUCCUCUCUCCUGCGUCGAGUUGAGCACAGGCCGAGCAGCGCGCUGCUGCGCCGGUCUUCCUUUCCCCCCCCUCCCUUACCUCUAUAAACUGCUGGCAUUCCCGAAGCUAUCCUAGUGUUUCUAGCGAGAAGCACGAGCUCUGCUAUGCUAUGUAUUUUGUGUCGGCUUUAGUGCGUCUUAUCGUUGUGACGUCCGGUCCGGUCCGGUGAUCUCUACUUGGUGGGCUGUUCGUGGAGUGGGUAGUAUUAUUUUUUUUUCCGAUUCCUUUUGUUCUCAUCGGGACACCUGCACCUCGUCGCUCUCUGCGCUUCACAAACGGUAUCUCCAUGUCUCAAUCCCUCCCUCUCUCUUCUUCUUUACUCGAUCUGUCCUCUCGAUAGACGAAGAGUCUGACGUGUAUACUAGUUGCUGUUCAAUCCUCCGCACUGUGCCCACCUGCAACAUUCACUCUCAUGAUUCUCAUCUACUCAAACGACUCAAAACCAUUGGCACAUGAACAUUGAGCACUGCACACAAACUCGCGUAACUAACAUUGUCCCCCCGCAUUCAGUCACAACGUCGCCUUUGGUGAUCGUAGGUCGUGAGUCUGAGUCUUUGAGUCUGGUGACUUGCUACCAUCCAUCUCAAGAGUCAUAGGCUCAAGAGUCUGCAAUCUGCAAUCUGUAAGUUAAACCCGUCAGCGGUCGUACGUGUACGGCUGGCGCUAUUGGAUCUGCACCGCGUCUGCACCGUCCGCGGACCGUCACGGUGUUAAGAGUUGCCAGCCACUCUAUUGUAUUCUCUCUUGAAUGAGCUCUCGCCAUCAGGCACAGAGUAAUCAUCUUGUCGUCCGUGCUUCGUUCGCUUUUCUCGAGAGUUCUCGAGAGUUAUCGAGAGUAGAAGACUGUGUUUGGUAUCUCUCUGCUCUCUGCUCUCUGCUCUCUGCUCUCUGGCUUCCGUUCUCGAUCUUUCUCCAAUUGCACUACGGAGUGAAGGGACGUCACGUAGAGGACCAGGUAACGGUAGCGAUUGAGGGGCGGAAGGGGGGAGGAGGAGGCAGAUAGGGCCAGAGAACGGUGCAGUUGAAGGGACUGAAGGAGGGAGUCCACGGUGAUGAAUGCGAGGAGAGGUACUUUUUUUGGUUGUCGUCUCCGAAGCCGAGACGUCGCAUCAGUAGUCACUUAACUUUUUUUUUUUUCUUUUUUUCUUUUUUUGGGAAAAGUAGUCAAUUAACUGGGUAACAGAGGGCCUUGCACAUUCAUGCAGUAAUUUUCACAGUUAGACCGAGUUGACAUUCACAGACACACACACACACACACACACAGAGAGAGAGAGAGAGAGAGAGAGAGAGAGAGAGAGAGAGAGAGAGAGAGAGAGAGAGAGAGAGAACGCAGGUGGAGAAAGAGGAGGAGGAGUGACGCAGCGUGAGAGGCUUUCAGAGGCGGUCACGAUGCCGAAUCCUCGUGUGUUCUUCGACAUUUCCAUUGGCAACAUACCGGCUGGAAGGAUCGUCAUGGAGGUGAAAGAGGUAUAGGCAAGUCGGGGAAGGCAUUGCAUUACAAAGGGAGCACUUUCCAUAGAGUUAUUCCAGACUUCAUGUGUCAGGGUGGAGACUUCACAAAUGGUAAUGGAACCGGCGGGGAGUCUAUCUAUGGUGCGAAGUUUGAAGAUGAGAACUUCAUUAAGAAACAUGUAGGAGCAGGUGUUCUGUCAAUGGCGAACUCGGGCAACUCAAAUGGUUCUCAGUUUUUUCUUUCGACUGUGAAAACUCAGUGGCUGGACAACAAGCAUGUGGUUUUCGGCCAUGUUGUAGAAGGCUUGCAUGUGGUUAAAGCAAUAGAGUCGGUGGGAACACCAACGGGCAAGACAAGAAGAGCCGUUGUAAUUUCGAAUUGUGGACAAAUUUUUUAAAUGGACGAGUUAACAGGAAACCCUGCAUAUGUGAGGGAUGCUUUAGGAUAGGUGAGGAGAUUGAAGAACAACAGGUGUUGUUGUCUCGACGGAUAAGCAUGUAAUGUGGUUCAGCCUCUGCAGCGCAUCAUUUCUUGUCUAUCAGAGAAGCAGUGCAGGCUUGCCUUAACUAGGUCUAGAGUUCGCGUCAUCCAUGCAGUGUUCCUUGCAGUGGGUUGGUGUCAGAGUUGGCCAUCCAUCGGAGUUACGAGAAGAGGGCAGGUGGUCUUUGCCGGUGCACCAAUAUAGCAGCUAAGCCCCCUUCUGUCAGCAUCGAGCCCCUCCUUUAUCACUCAACCACCCUGCACUUAUUUUUCCACAUCUGUUGCAUGCAAUUGUGCCUGCAUGUGGGUGUGCGUGUGUGUGACGGUGAGUGUGCAUGCCUGUGCAUGUGUCUGUGUGCACGUGAGAGUGUGCUCUGUGUGUGUGUGUGUGUGUGUGUGUGUGUGUGUGUGUGUGUGUGUGUGUGUAUGUGUGUGCACGAGUGUUUGUGUGUGUUCGUGUGUGUGCAUGAGUGCAUGCGCGUGUGUUUGUGUGUGUUCGUGUGCGUUCGUGUGUGUGCACGUGUGCAUGCGCGUGUGUUUGUGUGUGUGCGGUUUUGUCAUUAUCCCCCGGACAAGUCCGGUUAUACUAUAGGCGCCCGUUGAACAGAUGUUUAAUUCGUUGCCAGAUCCAUGAGUUUCAUUUUUGUUCGAGUUCUUCAACACGACUCUCAGGUCACCCAAUUUGGUGAGCUAAACAUGUUUGUGUUUCUCUGCAGCCUUUUCAUUUUCCUCUCGUGUGUCCUUUUCUGCCUACAUCCGAAGGUGAUUUCCUGAGCAUGAUAAGGUCUGGUGUUCCCUUUUCUCUUGCUUCCAAAUAGGACUUGCUGAGCGUGAUGAGGUCUAGUAGCAUACUUGCUUCUUCCAGUAUAGUUGGGGAAAUCUGGGCCUAUUGCAGA